CUGUGUGAGCUGUAGCUAGUAGUUCAAAAAUCUUGCACGUGUGUGACAGCAUAACCUUCAAAAAUUUUGAAUUCAAUUUCCAAAAAUGACCACUGCCACUGAUAAGGGAAGUGUUUUGUGUUACAAGGGCAGCAAUUUUUUUCGCCAGAGGUUGGUUUUAUCGAUUUUGAGCGGUAAACCGGUCCGCAUAACCCACAUUCGAGUGUUGGAGGAUGAGCCAGGUUUAAGAGAAUUUGAAGUGAAUUUAAUUCGUCUUCUGGAUAAAAUUACAAACGGUUCUGUUAUUGAAUUAAAUGAAACAGGGACAGCGGUGUAUUUCCAACCUGGGUUACUGUACGGAGGUACGGUACAACAUGAGUGUUCAACUCAGAGAGGGGUUGGUUAUUACUUGGAAGCUUUGGUUAUGCUUGGUUUAUUUUGUAAGCAACCCUUAAAUGCUACUCUACAAGGCGUCACAAAUAAUAAUAUUGAUCCCUCCGUUGAUUUAAUAAGGACGUCUGCGUUAAGUACGUUGAAAAAGUUUUUCUUGGAUGAUGAGGGACUUGAUGUGAAGAUUUCCAAGAGAGGCUUGCUUCCAUUGGGUGGCGGUGAAGUAAUUUUCAAAUGCCCCGUCCGUAAGCACCUCAGACCAAUCCAUUCCCUCGACAGUGGAAUGGUAAAACGCAUCAGAGGCACAGCAUUCGCAUUACGCGUCUCUCCUGCCAUUGCUAACCGAAUAGUUGACAAAGCUAAAGGCGUCCUCCUCAACUUCCUCCCCGACAUUUACAUCAACACCGACCAAUGUCGAGGAAAACAAUCGGGCAAAAGCCCCGGCUUUGGCAUUCACCUAACGGCAGAAACCACCAACGGUGUCAUUUAUUCAUCAGAACAAGUCUCAAAUGUUGUUUCAAACGGUGAAGAUCCUUCAGUUCCUGAAGAUGUAGGCGUUGCUGCUGCGCAAAGAUUACUGCAUGAAAUUUAUCUAGGUGGCGCCACAGACUCGACCUGCCAAUCGGUGGCCAUCUUGUGCAUGGCAUUGGGACAACAAGAUGUCUCCAAAUUUGUAACUGGGCCUUUGACCGAAAAUGCGAUCGGUUUUUUAAGACAUUUGAAGGAAUUUUUCGGGGUUACUUUCAAACUAGAGCACUAUGAACCUGAUGAGGAGAGUCCAGGGACAGGGAGCCAGAAAGUUAUGUUAACUUGUGUUGGUUUAGGUUACACGAAUAUUAGUAAACGGACGAUUUAAUUUACUUAAACUAUACAUUUUAUUUUAAUUAAAAUUUACAAACGUUGUUUCAAUUUAUUUCCAAUCAGAGUGGCCUACUUGUCAAUAAGUCACGGCCACUUUGAUUCGAAAUUAAAUUAAAUAUAUGGUACGUAAACGUCUCUAAAAAGUAUGGAAACAGCUAAAUAUUUGCAGAACGUUUAACAGAGCAUCUGAGAUUUUUUCCAAUUUUCUGUCAAUUAUUUUGAAAAUACAAGGCUAACUUGUUUUUUGCAGCACGAAAGCUUAGAUAUUCCCAUAGCAACGUGUUUUAAAUUAAAAUUUCCAACAAAAAAAAAUUGAAUUACGUAACGAAAACGCCUAAACUCGCAUACGCUCGUUGCAUAACGACAGCCCUCGAGCUUGUGUUUUCGCUCUCGUAUUAUUAAUAACUAUUAAAAUUUCGACUAAAAUAAAGAAUGCUCUUCUUAAAAAUAUUAAAAUCGACCCUUCUUGCCAUUUAAAAAAAAAUCAAGUUAGCCUUGUAUCCUCUAACAAAUGGGGAUAGAAAUUUGAUAAACAUCUAAAACGAUGGAAUUUAUAUAAUUUUAAGCGUAUAUCAAAUUUCAAUAAGUUUUGAUGAACAGUUUUUAUAAUAUUUAACUGUAUUUAUACUUUUGAGCGACCCUGUAUAAUCAUAUAAAUUACUACGGUUAUAAUUUAAAUGAUUACGUUUUAGAAUGGCAUUUUCUGACUCCUUAACAUAAGAAUAACAAAUGUAAAGUAAAUAAUACAGAUUUUUUGAUAAUUUCAGUCAAA